CGGCGGCGGAGGCAGCGGGAGGAUUGUACAUCUUAAGCUGCUAGAUGUGAAAUUAUUCCAGUUCUUUCUUUAAGAUAACACCUUAGAAGACAAAAAGAACCCAAAGAGACCAUGUUCAGCUUCUUCCGGAAAAGUCAAGAUUCGAAGAAGGUUACAGUGCCAGAGAGAGAAGCAGAUGGAUUUGUUAUUGUGGGGGACACAGCUGAUGAUCAAAGUAGAAACUCAAAGGAUAAAACUUCAUUUCCAGAGACCAGACCAAUGUACAGCCAAUCUCCACAGAUAAAUACAGGGCACCGGUCACAGUUGACUGUAUCAAGCACAGAGAUGGGAAAUCAAAGGAGUCAGACUUUGGAAAGCAGCCCUUUCAUGUCAGACCUCCUGAGCGACGUCCCCUUUGCCCUCGCACCACAUGUGUUAGCAGUGCAGGGCACCCACAGUGACGUUCCUGACCGACUGCUCACCUAUGACAUCCAUGAUAAUUUAUCAAGAUUUUGGUAUGACUUUACACUUGAAAAUUCAGUGCUUUGUGAUCCGUAAUGUUCUCUUUAUUUUUUCUGCCUCUGUCAAGGAACAAGUCUUAAAGUGAAGAUAAAGACUUACUUUAAAUGACUUAAUAUUGUGGGGUCCUGCCGCUGGUAUGUAAUAUGGAUUACUAUUCACAACUGUGAUAUAUUUCUUAGCUUUAAGUGAACUAUAACUUAGUUUGUUAAAUAUUCCAUUUAUUUAUGAAGAAAUCAAGCAAAAGUGUUUCAGCCUCAGUAGGAGACAGGCUGCUGGUAACUACUUCCAGUAGGUAGGCUGCAGACACAAACAUUUCAUGACUUUAAGAGGAAGUCUAUGUCUCAACUGUUUUGUUAUUUCAAUUAGUUACAAAACACAUAGAUCCUGUUACACAUAUUAAGAUCACCUCUUGAUUUUGUACAAAUAGAAACCAAUAUUAAUGCUAAAGCAAUGCUGGUCUGCACUACUGGACAGAGAGCUUUUGAGUGAACCAAAUUUUAAAA